GAGAAUUGGCGACCGCGUGAUUGGCUGGCAGGCUGUUAUUUGAUAAUAGGUGUUAAUGAUGACGAAAGAAUGAUGAGACGACAUGGGAUUUGGCUUCGUGUUCUGUCUUGGACGUUUUGCGAUUUUGGGCUCGACUACAGCAGUGCCAAAUAUUGAACUAAACUACAUGGUAUAUUCCUCAAAUCCCGUCGCUCCUUCUCGAGACAUCCCCGGAGCGAUAAAGUUAACCGCCAUGAUCCAUAUCAUCCCAUGUCCCUUUUCCGAACAGUGCCACCGCUUCCUCCAACCAAUCCGUGGCGGAAGAGAAAUAUGGACACAAGAAGUCGUCUAUUAAUCGGCAGACGACAGAAAAAGCGAGAGGUGACUAAAAAGAGUAUAUCCCAAUAGCAAAAAAGGACGCCCUGGGCUAUGCAGCAUGGAAGGUAAAGCAGGCACAGGCGGGAAGCGCUGUGCAAAUAUCUGACAGAGAAAUGGGGUAAUGGGUAGGUGGGUAGGCCGAGAUAAUGGGUACUUGGUCAGGUAAUGGGAGGGCG